ACGAAAACCAAGGGUUGGAUUCGGUUAUCUUUCAAUUAAAUAUUGAAAAAUGGCCGAAGAUGGACCGCAACACGUUCUUUUGUCAACUGAAGCCGAGAUCUUGAUCGAAAAUCUUGUUAAAUUUCCCAUAAAAGAAAUCGGGAGCCCUCGAUGGCAAAAACAACAUGAAUACUUGGAAAAGAUUAAUAUGCAAUCCUUGGUCAGUGCAAGCGCAAAUGAGGACGAAUUCGUUAAAGAAUUGCUCAUAUCACUCGGUAAAGUACAAUUUAUAAUCGAAGACCUCAUUUCUAUAGAAGUUUGGAAGCAAUUCGUGUUUAGUGUAAUUGUAAAAACGAACUUUAAACCGCCCACUACUAUUCCUAUUUAUAUGGUGUUAUACCACGAAGCAACAGUCGCUAACCUGCUGGAAACUGUGUGUUUUCAUAAAGAACCAUUGGAGUCUGCAGACGAAACCGUGUUGGAUUUGCUUGACUAUUGCUACAGGAAGUUGUCCUCUGUAGUUGGGGAAACUGAAGAGGAAGAAGAUGAGACUACAGAGUCCUCAAGUACCCUAGAUGAACUACAGAAACAGGCGCGGAAGAUGAACUUUGAAAUUGCAGUCAAAGCUGUUUCAAUCUUGAGGUACAUAACUGAUGCAAUUGAAAGCCUACCAUUGAGUACAAGUGGCAGGUUAAUGAACACACACAACAUACCAUGCUUGCUUGUGGAGUUGUUGGAGCAUCCACCUUGGACAAAACGAAGAGGUGGCAAGCUUAUGAAAUACAUUGAUAGCCAAUGGCAACAAGUAGUUGGCCCUGAUGCAUUACAACUCACAAAGAUAGAAGGGCAAGUCUGGCUGGCCUUGUACAAUGUAUUAAUGAAUCCAAUCUGUAUUUCUAAGUACAAUUUUAGCUCUUUCAACAAGGAGCAGAUUUUAAAACUGCGGUCACACAUGAAUGAAGUCCUGAUGGAUCAGUUACCAGUGUUAGGACAACUGCAAGCAUACCUACAGCAACUAUCCAUGACUGAACCAGCAGCUCCGAAAUCUGAUUUAAUCUUGGAACAACUACCAGAAGUGAGAGACCAAAUAAUGAGAGAAAAUACCGGGAAAUGGAAAGCGAUUGCCAAAUACCAGAUGAAAAAUUUCUUCAACCCAAAACCAGAAGAAAUACAGCAACAAGCACAGAGGUUGGCGGACACUUAUAAUUUCGAUGUGAUUGAAUCGCUUAUAUCAGAACCACCAAAGUGUGCAUGCUGUGGGGCUGAAGCAGCCAAGAGAUGCUCAAGAUGUAAGCAGGAGUGGUAUUGUAAACGGGAAUGCCAAGUAAAGCAAUGGGAAAAGCAUAAAAAAGUGUGUGAUGUAAUGAAAGAGCGUUCUACAUAAAGCACAUACUGAAUUGGUUUUCAAAUAUAUUUUAAAUGUUAUAGUGAUUACAUACUGUGAAUACAAAAUCUGGUUUCUUAGU